GUGGUCAGUGCGCAUGCGCGGUGUUCCACACGUGGGAUGAACGUUUGUGCUGCAUGCGACAGAGCAGAGAGACCUCGCGGAGCCUCCACACGUUACUUCCAUAAAGAAAACCAUUCUUACGUCUUGCUGCUCUUUUUUAAAGCACAGGUCAACGACAAUAGUCCUCCGUGAAGCAUUUCGCCGAGAGGGCCGGAUUAAAAGAAUAAAACACUCACAAUGACUGAAGCCCAAGUCAACCCGAAGGCCUACCCGCUGGCCGACGCCACGCUCUCCAAGACCAUCCUGGACCUGGUGCAGCAAGCCUCCAACUACAAGCAGCUGAGGAAGGGCGCUAAUGAAGCCACUAAAACCUUGAACAGAGGCAUCUCUGAAUUCAUCGUGAUGGCCGCGGACGCCGAACCACUGGAGAUCAUCCUCCACCUGCCUCUGCUCUGCGAGGACAAGAACGUCCCGUACGUGUUUGUGCGCUCCAAGCAGGCCCUGGGCCGGGCCUGCGGGGUGUCCCGCCCCGUCAUAGCUACCUCAGUCACCAUAAAGGAGGGCUCCCAACUCAAGCCGCAGAUUCAGUCCGUUCAAUUGGCCAUCGAGAGACUGCUCGUCUAAUUUCUGUCCGCACAACGUCUCCUGGAAAAGACCAAUUAUGUUUGAUAUAAAGAAUGAAGUUGUGAUGCAUGACCAGAGAAUAUAGAUGUUUUUCCUUUCCUUUUUUACUUAGGACACUGUGUCAAGUUCAGUGCAUCAGUUUGCUGUGGGAUGACCCAAUGCACAAUAAAAGAUUUUUUUUAUUUAAA